AUGAACAUGAUGAGGAAGAGUCCCAGGAGACCCAUAAUCCUCAAGAGGAGGAAACUUCCAUUUCAGAGAAACGAAGCUGACAAGCCACAGAGCAAAUCUGCGAUGGCGCCAGGAGUGCAGUCCUUUCCAGGUGGCAUUUGCAUCAUGGACCAUCCUACAAUGCCGGACACGCAAGUCGUGGUGAUCCCAAAAACUGCCGAUCUUCAGAGUGUCAUCAAUGUGCUAACUGCCAAAGGGAAGGAACAUGGCCCACAGGGGCCAAACAAGUUUAUCUUGCUGAGCGGAAGCAAUGGAUCGAAAGAUGUUGUCGAAGCACUUGGCCGUGCCACAUCAGAGCAUAAAAACAACCUCCGACCUGCUGCAUGUGUAGCUGGAGAUGCCAAACCUUUCCUGACCAGCAGAUUGAAAAAUGAAGAAGACUGCAGUGUGUUAGAUAACAGCCCGACAAACAUCCAGUGGUUGGGGAGAAUGAACACACACGCCGCUGGUGCUCAGCUGGCAAAGAAUGAUUCCAACAAAGAGAAUGUAGAGGGCUGUGUACCGCUCCAAGAGCCACAGCACGCAGACGGAGAGGUGAGUGCAGUUAAGGGCCCUUUGUUUAAAAGACCACCUUAUUCCUACACGGCCAUGAUCCAGUUUGCGAUCAACAGCAAGACGAAUAAGAAAAUGACCCUGAAGGAUAUCUAUAACUGGAUAGAGGACCAUUUCCCCUACUUCCGAAAUGUAGCUAAACCGGGUUGGAAGAACUCUAUUCGUCAUAACCUCUCCUUGCACGAUAUGUUCAUCCGAGAGAGCACAUCAGACGGCAAGAUCUCCUACUGGACCAUUAAGCCUGAGGCAAACCGCUGUCUCACUUUAGACCAGGUGUACAAGCCUGCGAUUGAUCCCGGGGCCCCCGCUUACCCACAAACCAUGCAAGUCUGUUACCAACAACAACAGAAGCAAGUUCUGCCUGAUCCUAAGAAAGCUACACCUUGCACUACAGAGAGGAACAUGAAGCCUCUCCUGCCUCGGACGGACUCGUACUUCAUGCCCAUUCAGCUUCCUCUGACUCCUUCGCUCCUUCUGCCCUCCACAGCAGCAGUGUUCUCUCUGUCUGCCCCUCAGCAGAGUACCAGUGCCUCCAGAACGGGAUGCAAGAGGCUUUGCAUCGCUCCCAAGGUCCUGAAGAGUGAGUCGAGCUCUGUCGUGAUGUCUACCCCAGUCCCUGAAGUGAAGGAAGAGAGCACGUGCGUCCCCAUCAGUGGAGAAUCCUGCAGCAGCAAGCGGAAGGAAAUGAGCAGCUCGCGUCGUAAGCAGUGUCUCAUCCCACUUUCCACCGAGGAGCCCGUCCUGCUCUUCCCAGACAGCACUUUCUUCAACUCUGGUGUGGCCUCAGAUAUGUCUGUCUUCCAGGAAGUGGAGAUUGAAGCAGAACCCUGGUGUGACCUGCAGCUGGAAAAUGAAACCUCUAAAAUGCCCAUUAAAGGGAGCCACCCAGCUUCAUCCACACCCAGCAGGGCGCUGGAGCCAUGGAGGGUCAUGCUGCUGGGCAGAGGGAGCCGCAGCGUGCUGGAUUUCAGCCCGAUCCGUACACCUCAGCAGCAUGAGCACAGCGGUUUGAGCUUCAGCAGCACGCCCUUCGAAGAGCUGCCUCUGUUCAGUUCACCCAGUAAGCUGCUCACUUCCUGUUCCCACGAGCUGCAGACUGGCUCUCCUAACAGCUCACUCACCGAGGGCCUCGUACUGGACACCAUGAACGACAGCCUGAGUAAAACCUUAGUGGACAUCAGCUUCUCGGGUCUGGAGGAUGAAGAUCUGGAACUUGCUAACCUCAGCUGGUCCCAGUUUAUUCCUGAGCUGAAAUAA